UCGUUGUUAUUGCGCUCGAAAAAAGGUGAUUUUUUGAACUUUAAAUGAAAGUAUCUCAAAAACCAUAUGUCAGCGGUAACUAUAUGUAUACAUAUUCUUAAUCUCGAGUAUCUCCUCUAUCCAUACAUACUCAUUUUAACCCCGAAAUCCGGGGAUGCUAUUCUAAAUCCCAGCCUAUAAUUCUUUUAGAAGUAUGUGAAUUACAAAUUUACUUGCGAUACAAUUUACAAAUUCAAUGUGAAAAAUAGUGUUUAUUCUAUAGUUUCCAUUGAAUGCAAACUUGAUGUUUUGAUAUACAUAUGUAUAUAUACAUACAUACAUACCAAAUGUCAUUGAUCAAUUGUCAACUGUCAUAUUGGAUACUCUCUGCACAUAAAAAAAAAUACAUUUGCAGUGCACGAUAUUUUGCUGUCGCUGAAAACAUUUUAAUAUUUUAAAAAAGAAAAUGUUUCGUGCACCGCUUACAAAGGUUAUACAAGGAAGAUUCGGUUCACCAACACAUGGGAUUACCAGCAAAGCCAUUCGUUCUAGCGCUGCGUUAUCGCAGACACCAGCUAAGGCACCAGAAAAAAUAGAGGUUUUUGUUGACGAUGUCUCCGUUAAAGUUUUGCCUGGAACUACUGUUUUACAGGCAUGCGCUGUGGCUGGGGUAGAAAUACCCCGAUUUUGUUAUCACGAACGUUUGUCAGUUGCAGGCAAUUGUCGUAUGUGCCUUGUAGAAGUAGAAAAAAGUCCAAAACCGGUAGCAGCAUGUGCAAUGCCUGUAAUGAAAGGGUGGCGUAUAAAAACUAACUCCGAGAUGACCAGAAAAGCACGUGAAGGCGUAAUGGAGUUCUUGUUGAUGAAUCAUCCAUUGGAUUGUCCUAUUUGUGAUCAGGGCGGUGAAUGUGAUCUUCAAGAUCAGGCUAUGGCGUUUGGUUCAGAUCGAUCCAGAUUUACUGAUAUAAAUCAUACUGGAAAGAGAGCCGUUGAGGACAAAAAUUUUGGACCAUUAGUCAAAGGAAUAAUGACUCGUUGCAUUCACUGUACUCGUUGUGUUCGAUUUGCCUGUGAAGUGGCCGGUGUGGAAGAUCUUGGCACCACGGGACGUGGUAACGACAUGCAAAUCGGUACUUACGUUGAAAAACUGUUCCUGUCUGAACUUUCCGGAAAUGUUAUAGAUUUGUGUCCCGUUGGUGCAUUGACUAGCAAACCUUACAGUUUUGUAGCACGACCAUGGGAAAUUCGGAAAGUUAGUAGUAUUGAUGUUUUGGACGCCGUUGGUAGCAACAUUGUUGUAAGCACUCGAACAAACGAAGUUCUACGAAUUGUACCUCGAGAAAAUGAGGAUAUUAAUGAAGAAUGGCUUGCUGACAAAUCCCGUUUCGCGUGCGAUGGUUUAAAACGUCAACGUUUGGUUGCACCCAUGGUUCGCAUGCCGAAUGGUGAAUUACAAGCAGUAGAAUGGGAAGGAGCAUUAAUAUCGGUUGCUAAAGCUAUAAAAGACGCAAAAGGUGCCGUUGCUGCUAUAGCUGGCCAACUGGUAGAUGUAGAAUCGCUUGUGGCUCUUAAAGAUUUACUAAAUCGUAAUGGAGGAGAAACUCUUUGUACCGAGCAAAACUUUAAUGUUAAGGGUUCUGGAUCUGAUUUACGAUCUAACUAUGUUUGCAAUACCACUAUAGCAGAUCUGGAGCAAGCAGAUGCUGUUUUACUUAUCGGUACCAAUCCACGUUAUGAAGCUCCCUUAAUCAACACUCGUUUACGUAAAUCAUAUAUCAAUAAUGAAAUGGAUAUUGCUUCCAUUGGACCCAAAAUAGAUCUCUCAUACAAUCACCAAAAUUUGGGAGAAGAUGCUGGUUUAAUUAGUCAAGUUUGUAAUGGUGGACAUCCAUUUUCAAAAGUACUUGAAAAUGCUAAGAAACCCGCAAUUGUGUUGGGAGCAAAUGUAUUGGAAAGACCUGAUGCAGCUGGAAUACAUACAACAGUAGCUUCGUAUUGUAAGAAACUUAACAAACAGGGCUGGAAUGCAUUUAAUGUACUGCAAAAUAAUGCAGGGCAAACCGGUGCUCUGGAUGUUGGAUAUCAGCCGGGAACACAGGCUGCACUUAAAGCUCAGCCAAAAGUACUAAUACUUCUUGGAGCUGAUGGUGGAAAAGUUGACCGUGAAAAGUUGCCGAAAGAUUGUUAUGUUAUUUAUAUAGGGCACCAUGGUGAUAAUGGUGCUUCGAUUGCAGAUGCAGUUCUUCCUGGAGCUGCGUAUACAGAAAAGCAGGCAAUAUAUGUAAAUACAGAAGGUCGUGCUCAACAAACAUUAGCCGCUGUAUCACCCCCAGGAAUGGCUCGUGAGGACUGGAAGAUCCUACGUGCUCUGUCUGAAAUUUUAGGCACACCUUUACCAUAUGAUAAUUUGGAUGAUUUGAGAAAUCGCAUUGAAGAUAUAGCUCCGCACUUGGUACGUUUUGGAAAGUUGGAGUCUUCUACAUUCGGCAAUUUAACUGAGCAAUUGGCCACAUCCAAGUCAAUUGAAAAUACAAAAAUAGAUGUGAAACAAAAGAAAUUGCGCGAAUACUUUAUGACGGACCCGAUUUCCCGAGCGUCACCAACAAUGGCUAGAUGCGUUCGAGAAGUAUCUGGAGAAGAAGCGAAGGAAGAGUCUCAAAGACAAGCCGCUUGUUAAAUAUAUACGAAAAUAUGCAACUUUCUAAUCGAUACACCUUAGACCAAAAACUAAUAUGUAUUGUUGAAUAUCUUCAAGCUGUAUUAUUUAGUAAGACGCAUAUAAACUAAAAAUCUAAAUACCAACAAAGUGAGAAUAAACAUUAUAAGGUUGUUAACGUUUAAUUAAAAUUAUAACUAGGUGAAAAACUGAGAA